AUGGAUAGGGAAAUGAGGAGAUUUGACGGUGGUGAGCGAGAGAGGCUGGCUGACUUAGAGAAUUUGCUUGAGUGGUGGCAGGGCAAGAAGAGGGAACUCUGGAUUGUGGGUAAGUCAGACAGAUGGGAAAUGAGAUUGGCUAAUGGGAAAAGAGUGCACGGGAAGGGCAGACGUGGAAUUGUGAACGGGAGCAGAGAAGUGAACAAGGAUAGUGAAGUUGAGGGAUCGUGGGAUUUUAUGAGUGAUUAG